CCUGCGGGCUCCGGAGUCUGACAGCAUCUUCUCCCGGGGAAAGGCCGAGGGCGCUCAAAACCCAAGCCACAGCUCUUCUUGCCGCAUUUCCUCCCCAGCUUGCGAAUCCCACACCGAGCAAGAUGUGCAAAGGACUUGCAGGUCUGCCGGCUUCUUGCCUGAGGAGUGCAAAAGAUAUGAAGCAUCGUCUAGGUUUCCUGCUGCAGAAGUCUGAUUCCUGUGAACAUAAUUCUUCCCACAGCAAGAAGGACAAAGUGGUGGUUUGUCAGAGGGUGAGCCAAGAGGAAGUCAAAAAAUGGGCUGAAUCACUGGAAAACCUGAUCAGCCAUGAAUGUGGGCUGGCAGCUUUCAAAGCUUUCUUGAAGUCUGAAUACAGUGAGGAGAACAUCGACUUCUGGAUUAGCUGCGAAGAGUACAAGAAAAUCAAAUCGCCCUCGAAACUAAGUCCCAAGGCCAAAAAGAUCUACAAUGAAUUCAUCUCCGUCCAGGCAACCAAGGAGGUAAACCUGGAUUCCUGCACCAGGGAGGAGACAAGCCGGAACAUGCUAGAGCCCACGAUAACCUGCUUUGAUGAGGCCCAGAAGAGGAUUUUCAACCUGAUGGAAAAGGAUUCAUACCGCCGCUUCCUCAAGUCUCGAUUCUAUCUUGACCUGGCCAACUCUUCCAGCGCUGGGUCAGAGAAGCAGAAAGGAGCCAAAAAUUCUGCAGACUGUCCUUCCCUGGUCCCCCAGUGCGCCUGAUUCUCACAGGGUGCUGGAGGCCUGAGAUGUUAAGACUCUAUGCCUGGAAAACCUGAGGCCAAAUAUCGAUCUGUAUUAAGCUCCAGGGCUUUAUUCACAUUGUAGCUUAGUGUUCAUGCUGCCUGCCAUGUGUGAGUCUCUCCUAUGUAAGAAGUAGAUCGAGUUUUGGUGUUUGGUUUCCAUCAGGGCAGGACCUCCUUCCAGUCCAGCUUUCCCAGAAUUCCUUUAGGGUGCCACGUGAGCAAGUAUCCAAAGAAUGGUUUUGGAGGGGCGGCUUUCCAAAGACUGUUGAGGUCUCUUCUCCCAGUGGCCUGACCUCAGGUUGGUUGGUUGGUACAUUUCAUGUGACAUCCACAAGCACAUGUAUUCUGUUGGCACUUUCUGCAACUCUAGAUGUCAAGAUAUGGUUGAUCUAUUAUGUGUACCUAUGUGUGUGUGUAAAUAGAUGUAUACAUAUGUAUACAUGUAUACAUCUAUUUACACACACACAUAGGUACACAUUCUAUGUAUACGUGUCUAUAUGUAUAUAUACAUAUAUAUUUCUGCAAGAAUAGAUAGGAAAGACCCUAGGUGCUCAUCACUGGAGUGUGUGUACAUACCUACAUGCAUGUACUGAUCCCUGGUCUUUCAUCCUGCAAUCAAACAGGAAAAUAGAACCAGUUGCCGUGCAGGCCAAGACAAAAAGGCUAAUCUGUGGAAAGUUGAUUCUGUAAACUCCACAGGUCUUGUUGGAGACGCAUUCGAGGGACUCCAUGCAUAGUUCCACCACUGACAGCCUCGACGUUGAACAGUAUUCUAAAGAGCCAAUAUCAUAAAGAAUCUUGUGCCUGGCUGACACAGUUCUGUCUUGAGCUGGUUAUUACUGUUGGCACUUUUCAGUCCUGAAGCUGCUGGCCUCCCCUUCUCUGCCCGAGUGCUUGGUAUGUGGUUAUCAGCAGCCGGGCUGGUACGGGAGUCAGGAGAGAAGAUGCUUGAGCUGAAUGAAGACAGGGAGGUGGGGCCCCGCCAGCUCUACCUGUUGUAAGAUGCUGGCUGAGUGAAGGCAUCGAACUUCAAAGUUAAUAGUCUUAUCCUCUCCUCUUUUCUCUUCUCCUGAUCAAGGUGCUCUCCUCAUUUUGUUUUUUCCUGAGGACUUCAGCCAUCAGUUGAGGCUCCUUACCUCACUGGGGGUUUGGUUGGUUGUUUCCCUAUAAUGGCUCCAGGCUAUAUACCUCCCCUUACGAACCAGCAGGGUGGGAAGGAUUGUAUUUUAUAAAGGACAAACAUGUUUUUACAAACUGAAAAGCCCUCACAAGUUUCUCUUUUGAAAGUAGGAGCUUGUUCAUUCCACACCAGACAUCAGGGCUGCACAUAUCUCUUUCCAGGCUCUGAGACUAAAUGAGAGAGGAAAGAAGGGAAA